UGUUCUGCUCCUAAGGCUCUCUGUCCCACUCCAACUGCCUCUCUCUCUCUCUCUCUCUCUCUCUCUCUGAGAAAGAGAAGAGGUCUGUUAAUUCACUUUCUCCAUUCUAGAGUUUCCUUCAAGUGUUCCUGAAUUGUGUAACACACAAACUCCAUAAUUUUUAUUGCACUGCAACAAUUUUAACCUUGAUCUAACUACCAUCUCUAGUGUUCAAAACUAAACAGUUAAACUUUUUUACCUCUCCUAUGGAAGUCACAAACCUUUGUCUCUACCAAUUCUUGAACUCUUAUUCUCAACAAACACUUCUUAUUUCUCAUACCACUAAAAAAUCUUCUUGCUUGUUCUAUAAUCUUCUUUCUCAUACUUUUGGUGUUACUACUAUAUGUGGAAGUUCUUCAAUUUAACUUGUUUUUGCUUCAAGUUAUCAACUAGUUCUAAAUUUUUAAUAUAUUCACCUAUUUAUUACUGUGUUAGUCUUUUGAGAUUGAUUUGAAGAUGAGGGUGGUUUUGCCAUUGAUUCUGAUUUGUGUUUUUGGUUUUGUUGUUGAAGCUCAAGGAUCUGAAGGGUCUAUUAUAUCCCCAUCUCCAGCAUUUCUUCCUGGUGUUCAUCCUGAAGGAGAAGCACCUGGUCCUAUCCAUAAUGGACAGUCAUGGAGAAGCACUGCAUCAAGCCCUUCAGAUCCAGAUGGAUCUGUUAUAUCGCCGUCUCCAGCAAUAUUGCCUAUGGAUCCUUUCUCUAGUGAAGCGCCUAGUCUUUUACAUCCGAAUGGAACUAUAUUGCAACCUCCAGUUGCAUUACCACCUGCUACAUCAGCUCCACCUCCUCAAAAGAUUAAAGGAAUUGAAUCAACCGUAUCACCUAGUCCUAGUCCAAGCACCAAAUCGAUAUCGCCGCCAUAUAAAUCUGCUCCAGCACCAUCAACGGCCGAAAGGAAUCUACCACCAUCCAUACAACCAAUUCCACCUCAAAUGAAAACACCUACUGUUAGUCCUCCUAUAUCAACACCAACUGCUCCAGAUCCUGUUGCAACACCUCCUGGAAAUUUGCCUAAAACUUCACCUAUCAGCCAACCAAUUGAUCAUGGAAGUUUGCCUCCUAAUGUUGAUAACAGGAAUGAAAGUAAGAGUCACAACCCAGAGCCAGUUUCACCAGGAUCAUCUGAUGGAAAUUUCGGUUUUCAUCAUCCAGGGUCUUUCUUGCACCCUUCACUUGCAUCGCCACCUCCUAGUCCAAGCGCCAAAUCAUUAUCGCCGCCAUAUAAAGCUGUUCCAGCACCAUCAACUGCUGAAAGAAACUUUCCCCCGCCCAUGCAGCCAAUUCCACCUCAAAGUAAAGCACCUAUUGUUAGGCCUCCUAUAUCCACACCAAUUGCUCAAGCUCCUGUUGCAAUACCUCCUGCAACUAAAACUUCACCUACAAGCCAACCAAUUGAUCAUGGAAGUUUGCCUCCUAGUGUUGAUAAGAGGAAUGAAAGCAAGAGUCACAACCUAGAGCCAGUUUCACCAGGAUCUUUCUUGCAACCUCCAGUCGCAUUACAACCUCCUACAUCAGCUCCACCUCCUCAGAAGACUAAAGGAAGUGAAUCAUCCAUAUCACCUAGUCCUAGUCAAAGCACCAAACCGUUAACGCCACCGGAUAAGGCUGUUCCAGCCCCAUCAACUGCUGAAAGGAGUUUUCCACCACCUAUGCGACCAAUUCCACCUCAAAGGAAAGCUCCAGCUCCUGUUGCAACACCUCCUGGAAAUUUGCCUAAAACUUCACCUAUCAGCCAACCUAUUGAGCAUGGAAGUUUGCCUCCUAAGGUUGACAAGAGGAAUGAAAGUAGGAAUCACAACCUAGAGCCAGUUUCACCAGCCCCAGUUGCAACACCUUCUACCAAUGAGCCUAAAGUUUCACCAAUAAGCCAUUCAACUAAUAAUGGAAGUUUUCCUCCUCCGCAGCCAAUGUCACCAGCUCCUGUAUUCAAUAUACCGAAACAUUUGCCGGUGAAUCAGUCAACUGAACCUAGAAGUUUGCCUCCAACUGUCCAUAGAAGGAAUUCCAGUAUCAGUCACACAUUGGAACCAGUUUCACAAGCUCCGGUUGCAGAACCUCCUGCAAAUUUUCCAAAAAACUCGUCAGUCAGCCAGCCCUCUCAACAUGGAAGUGUUCCACCUAAUGUUCAUAAUACAACCAUACAUAAGGGACACAUUCACACUCCAGAACCAGUAAUGCCACCACCAAUAAGUACAUUUCCGGUAGAUCCACCAUUGAUCCACCCAGUCAUACCAGCAGCGCCUCCAAAUGAAGUACCAGCACCUGUCAUCUCUCCCACAUUAACACCUUCCAGAAGCUUCAAUGGGAAAAACGGUGGAGAACCUGUUUCUGCGCCUUUGAACAAAAAACCAAAGUCACCACCAGCUAUAGUUAAUUCCCCUGCUCAAGCUCCUUCUGUAAAUAAAGCAAGGCCAUUUCAUCAUGCUCCUGAGCCACUGACUUCACCUCCUAAAUCUCCUUUCAACAAAGAAGAUCAUUCUCCUGCAUCUUCACCUUCGACCACAUUUCAUAAGCAUCAGCAUACAAGGAACACGAUAACCAGCCCAGCUCCUGCAUCAUCAUAUUUUGUUUCUCCUCCAACAUCCAAACACCAAGAUAAACCAAUUCCUCCCUCGUUUCUUCCUACAAAUAGACGAAGACAUAAUGCUCCAGCACCAAUGAACAGAGGUUCUGCAGAUUCUCCGUUUACCUUCCCUAUUCAAUCACCAGUGAGCCAGGUUUCACCUGCUCCUUCUCCAUCAUUCAAGACUUUCCCUCACUCAACAAAAAUUCCAUUUCACCCUCCUAAAAUAUCUCCUCAGCGGUCUUUUUCAAAGAGCCCUAAGAAGCCAAUAUUGCCUCGAGUUCAAGCAUUGCCUCCCCCACCUCCCAAUGAAGAUUGUUUAUCAUUUGUUUGCUCGGAGCCUUACACAAAUUCUCCACCCGGGGUGCCUUGCAUGUGUAUCUGGCCCAUGAGAGUUGGUCUUCGCCUCAACGUUCCUCUGUACACCUUCUUCCCUUUGGUUUCGGAGCUUGCUUCUGAAAUAUCCAGCGGUGUUUUCAUGAAACAAAGCCAAGUUCGUAUUAUGGGAGCCAAUGCAGCAACUGAUCAGCCAGAUAAAACCGAUGCCCUCAUUGAUUUGGUGCCGCUUGGGGAACAAUUUGACAACACUACCGCCUUUUUAACUUCAGAUAGAUUUUGGCAUAAAAAAGUUGUUAUUAAAUCUUCUUACUUUGGUGAUUAUGAAGUUUUAUAUAUAAGCUAUCCAGGUUUACCUCCAUCUCCUCCAUUACCACCUUCAAGUGUUAACAUGAUAGACGGUGGCCCAUAUUCAAACAAUGGCAACAAUGGUAGAACAAUAAAGCCUCUUGGAGUUGACAUACAGAAGAGGCAGCAUAGAAGUGGACUUAGCAAGGGCAUUAUAGCUAUCAUUGCUCUUUCAUCUUUUCUAGCAAUUGUUUUAUGCUCUGCCGCUGUUUUUGCAUUAAUUAAGUUCAGAGAUCAUGUUUCUGAGUCUCAACCAACAUCAACCCCACGGGUUUUUCCACCAUCUCUUACCAAAACACCAGGUACUGCUGGACCAUCAAAUGCAGGUGCUUCAGCUUCAACAUCAUUUCGAUCUAGCAUUGCUGCUUACGCAGGAUCUGCCAAGACUUUCAGUAUGAAUGAAAUAGAGAAGGCAACUGAUAAUUUUCACCCUUCUAGAAUACUCGGAGAAGGAGGUUUUGGUCUUGUUUAUAGUGGUAACCUUGAAGAUGGGUCAAAAGUAGCCUUCAAAGUUCUAAAGCGAGAGGAUCAUCAUGGUGAUCGUGAAUUCUUAUCUGAAGUUGAGAUGCUUAGCCGCCUUCACCAUAGAAAUUUGGUGAAGUUGAUCGGUAUAUGUACAGAGCUCAGCUUCCGAUGUCUAGUUUAUGAACUCAUUCCAAAUGGCAGUGUGGAAUCCCAUUUACAUGGAGUUGACAGGGAAAAAAGCCCACUUGAUUGGAGUGCUCGAAUAAAGAUAGCACUUGGUGCUGCUCGUGGUCUCGCUUAUCUGCAUGAAGAUUCAAGUCCACAUGUCAUACAUAGGGACUUCAAAUCUAGCAAUAUCUUAUUGGAAAAUGAUUUUACACCUAAAGUAUCUGACUUUGGAUUGGCUCGAACGGCAGCUGAUGAGGAUAACAGACACAUAUCUACCCGUGUCAUGGGAACUUUCGGUUAUGUGGCUCCUGAGUACGCAAUGACCGGGCAUCUUCUCGUGAAGAGUGAUGUAUACAGCUAUGGUGUUGUCCUUCUUGAGCUUUUGACAGGACGAAAACCAGUGGACUUUUCACAACCACCUGGUCAAGAGAAUCUUGUUGCAUGGGCCCGUCCGCUCCUAACAAGCAGAGAAGGACUCGAAGUGAUAAUCGAUCCAUCUCUCGGAAGUAAUGUGCCUUUUGAUAGUGUGGCUAAAGUUGCAGCCAUUGCUUCAAUGUGUGUACAGCCAGAGGUUUCAGAUCGUCCUUUCAUGGGCGAGGUUGUUCAGGCUUUGAAACUCGUGUGUAAUGAAUGUGAUGAAGCAAAAGAAGCCGGUUCAACAAGUUCUAACAAGGACGGUUCAUCUUCUGAUUUCUAUACUGUUACUGAACAACUACCAGAUAAUUUCCAAAGCCAUUCCGCAGCCGCUAACUACGAUUUCGGAGUUGAUAUCGAAAAUGGGCUGUCGACAUCAGAAAUAUUCAGCUCAUCGGCAAGAUUUGAAAGGCAAGUAUCUGGAUCAUUUAGAAGACAUUCAUAUUCAGGUCCUCUAAGAACCGGAAGAAGCAAACGUUUAUGGCAUAUAAUUCGAAAGCUUUCCGGCGGUAGUGUCAGUGAACAUGGAGAUUCGUUAAGGUAACAACCAAGUCCUGAGUCAGCCAUCGAAUUUCUCUGUGCAUAUUGCUCUCUCUCAAUUUGUUCAUCUGAGAGUUCACAUGUCAGAACUGUGAUAGAGGCAUUUGAAGUUUGAUAAGAGAAUAGAAGCAAGAUGUAAAUAUAGUAUCACAUGUUUUAUUUUUGCUAACCUGCAAAAUUAUAACUGAUUAGUACUAACUUUGUGAAGAGAAGAAGAAGCAAUGUGAAUUAGUCUAGCUUUGAUAUUAGAAUAUAACUGAAAAAAAACUUUACUAAUACCUUGAUGGUUAAUUAGAGGAGGGAAUGAAAUAUGGUUAAUUAGUUAAUGUCUAGAACUUUAUGUAAAUUGAAUACAUUUUAACUUUUCAUGCUGCACAUUUUGUAAAUAUUUGUUUGCUUAUAA